AUGCGGUGUUUGAUUAUUGUACUGGGUAUUUCUGGCUUCUGGGUCUUUUCGCUUUUCUCAGGAGGUCAGGUGGAUGAUACCCUGGGCGUAUUUCACACACAUGCCGUGGCGGGGCUGCUAGGUGGCCUCCUCACUGGACUUCUAGCCGAGCCAGCCCUUUGCCGACUCAUACUACCAGUACCCAACUCAAGAGGUGCAUUUUACGGCGGCAAUGGCGGCAUACAGUUUCUGAAACAACUAGUGGCGGCUUGUUUCGUCAUCGCCUGGAAUGUUGUGUCAACAACAGCAAUCCUCUUAACAAUACGCAUUUUUGUGCCUCUGCGAAUGCCAGAUGAUCAACUGAUGAUUGGAGAUGACGCUGUUCAUGGAGAAGAAGCCUAUGCAUUGUGGGGAGAUGGCGAGAAAUAUGACCCAACAAAGCACGGUUGGCACAUGUCGUCGUACACGGAGCAAACGGCACCAUCUGGGUUUGUCCAUGGUGCAAGAGGUGUCACCAUGAAUCUAUAGAUUGAUCAGUUCUUCUAUUUAUACAGAAUUCUAUUUAUACAGAAAUCAAUCAUAGAACCAGAUAUACUCAUGAGAAUUGUGUCUAGCUGUGACUUUUUCUGAUUCAUUGCUUGCCCUAAGCAUGCUUUGUACAAACAAUUUUCGAUAUGGUAAAUUCCAUUUUGACUGAAAAAAAAAAAAAAAAAAAAAACAUAGAAA